AGUGCAUUCACGUCCCUCAACUGAGGUUAAGUACAUUUUAGUGGGAAAAAAUAACAACAGUCCAUUGUUAACCAUUACUUAAGUACAGUACCGUACUUUAUUCCUGUAAACUAACAAGGGAAAGUGAAAAGCACAACGUUUUUUGAAACAACUGGAGAGUUAGCUAGUGGCACAGUGUUGCUUAUAAUAGCUAACGUCAGCUAGCUAGGAAAGAUAGAGGGCAGGAGGAUGGACUAUGUUAACAAACGAACAAUAAGUGUAGCGGUGUAUAAUUAUCAACUGUGUCAUGGAUAAUAUCCAAUUUGUCGUCAUGGGUGAAAGGAAAAAUGGACUUCGGCGUCGAACCAAUGGAAAUCCGCCAUGAUGAAGACCUUUUUGACUACAAUGAUUACAAUGAUUACCCAGAAACCUAUGACUUUUCAAACUACUCAUUGUGGAAUAUUAUUAACUCCACAUACUUCAACGAGAAUGAAUCAGGCUUUUGUGAUGCUGAAGAGUUCACCAUCAAAAUGUUCCAGACCUGCAUCUUCUGCCUGAUUUUCCUGUUGGGCGUGGCGGGUAACUGCCUGGUCAUAGCCACCUUUGUUUUUUCCCGCCGUUUCCGUCUUCGCUCCAUGACCGACGUCUUCCUGUUCCACCUGGCGCUGGCCGACCUUCUCCUGCUCCUCACACUCCCAUUGCAGGCUGUCGAUACGCACCUAGGCUGGAUCUUCCCUAAUGGCCUUUGCAAGGUUCUGCGUGUAUGCUACGCUAUCAACACAUACAGCGGGCUACUCCUGCUAGCCUGCAUUAGCGUUGACCGCUACAUUGUGGUGGCACGUGCCCAACAGAUGCACCGGCUGCGCAGUCGCAUUGUUACAGGCGGGAAAGUUGCCGCUGUUGCUGUGUGGUUUGUUGCUAUGCUCCUGAGUUUGCCUGAAAUCCUCUACUCUGGAGUGUUAGUGUCUUGGGAUAAAGCGUACUGCGGCAUGCUAAAGCGUGGAGCAGCCAAGAUGUCAACCAACGGAGCCAUCAUUGCUGUCUUCUGCCUGUCAUUCUUCAUUAUGGUGACAUGCUACUCUUUGAUAGCUCAAGUGCUGUGGGAAGGGAACAAAAAUCGGCGGGGGAAGCAGUGGCGUCGGCAGCGCACCCUGAAGCUGAUGGUAGCGCUGGUGGUGGUGUUUUUGGUGUUCCAGCUGCCGUACACUGUGGUGCUGUCGCGUAAAAUGGCGGGGCCGCUCUGCGCUCUGCUGCUGGAGUACAUAACCUGCACUCUGGCGUACUCUCGAUGUUGCCUCAACCCUAUCCUGUACGCUCUGGUAGGCGUGCGCUUCCGUAAUGAUGUGGUGAGGCUCAUGUACGAUUCAGGAUGCCAGUGGAGGGUCCGGUCAGCGCCACAGUCAGUGAUCUCUAACUCCAUGUCCCCCACCUCCCCUGCUCUCACUGUGUUCUCAGCUUGCUCACCAGCAUCCCCUGAAAGCAGCAGCUCCAUGUCUACCAACAAAUUUCAGUUUCCGGGAACCAAAUAAUACUUAAUGAUGUGGACCUUAUUUGUUACAUUCCAUUUUUAAAUCUUUAUUUUCUGUUUAAGUAUACAUCAUGUGUUAUUAUUUGGAAGAAAUGAACUGAAUAAUUAGAAGGGGUUGCAAAGGUGUGCAUUUCAUCAUUAACGAUUGUAUGAAAUACAAGUGUCGAAACCAAGGCUCCAACUUAAUUGUUUACCUGGGAGAGGAAAACAUAGCAGGAUUGAA